AUGAAAUCAACUCUAGUAUGCAUCACAAUUCUUUGUAUCCUUAUUAAACAAAAUGAAGCAACUGAACUAUGUCCAUCAUCGCAAAUACGUUGUAUGGAUGAAAAUCGCUUAAAUUGUAAUAGUUCAUUAUUAUCUCCAACAGAUUUUCAAUGUUGUGAUGGUCUUCAAUGUGUUUCAGCAGUCAUGCCUAGAACUGAUACACAAGAACAAUUUAAUACAACAAUGUGUGUUCCUUCUUCAUCCAAACAAUAUAAUACUAAAAUAAAUAUUCCACCAGCAAAACUUCCACCUAUUAUGGCAUCAUCUUGGUCAGCAGCAACAACAUAUUAUAAUAUGUCAAAUGGUGAUACUGGUUGGGGUUAUUUUUGGUAUGAUGCAUCUCAUCAAGCCAUUCGAACAGAUUUCUAUCCAACAUGUCCUUUUUUACAAUUAUAUGAAGCUGGUGUAGAUGCUAAUUAUAUUCCAUGUAGUGUACUUUUUUAUGAAGGACAAAAUUAUUAUGUCUAUCCAUCAGCUCAAACCUGUUGUAAUUAUACAUUUCCUGCUUGGCAACCAAAUUGGUUAUGUCAAAGUAAUGCAACAUAUAAUGGUACAUUAUCAAUCGAUGGACAAAUGGCAGAUUUUUGGAUGGUUGAAUGGUUUUCAAAUUAUACUGGUGAGGGAUCAGUACAUAAUCUUCGUAAUAUGUAUACUCGAGCUGAUUCGCAUGUUCCACUACGUUUCCGAGAAGAUCUUGAUACUGGUUAUCUUGAUUUUCAUGAUUAUGUCGAAGGUCCUAUUGAUCAAACAAUAUUUACAUCAACUAUUGAUGCUUAUGGUCCUUGUCAUCAAGGUCAUGGACAUGCUGGAACUGAUGAUAAAACAUGUACUCGAUAUAAUUCACAAACACUACGUCGUUCAUGGCCAUGUGAUAAUCCAACAUGUUCAUAA